AUGCAAUUUGGGAACGGAUUUCGGUCGGUGCGGCGUCUGCCCCUAGCGGGAGACGCCGCUCUGGCAAGGGCAAGGGGGGCAGGGGCACUGGAGGGGCGAGCGGGGGCGGUGGAGGUGGAGGUGGAGGCGGCGGGGGGAGUGGGGGUGGCGGUGGGAGUGGUGGUGGGGGUGGAGGUGUCGGUGGCAGCAGUGGAGGCGGAGGCGGCCGCGGCGGUGGCCGUGGGAGCGGAGGUGGGGGAGGUGGCGGCGGUGGAGGAGGAGGCGGAGACGGCGGUAGUAGCGGAGGCGGCGGAGGCGGCGAGGGUGGCGGUGGAGCUGGUCGCGGGUCUACGUAGAGGAGUGGCUCUGGUGGUGGUCCGCGCCAGCAGCAGCAGCGCGGUCGUGAGACCCUGUCACCUCAGCAGCUCCUGA